UUUUCUUUGUCCUGUCUCUGUCUUCUCCUCAACCCAAAGAAAAAUUCUCAGCAAAAUCAAACAAAGAACAGAACACGAAGCAAAAUAUUUGCAGGUCAAAGCUUAGUGCUGGGUUCUCUUCUUCCUCUCUCAUGGAGACGAGCUCUGACUUGUCUUCCAUGAUUCGUCUUAACAUUGGUGGAAAGAAAUUUUGUACUACCAUUGAUACUUUGACUAUCCGUGAGCCAGACUCAAUGCUCGCAGCUAUGUUUAGUGGUCGACAUGCAAUGUGCCAGGAAUCCAAAACGGGAUAUGUAUUCAUAGAUAGGGAUGGGAAGCACUUUCGUCAUAUUUUAAAUUGGUUGCGUGAUGGCAUUGCUCCUAGUCUGUCAGAUCCUGAUUGUUCUGAACUUUUGCGCGAAGCAGACUACUAUCAGCUUCUCGGGCUGAAAGAUGGCAUAAAAGAUUUGAGAAGAGAAGUUGGUGAAGUAGAAGCUGAACUAACGCGUGUAGAUAUCAUCAAAUGUAUACAGUCCGAGAGAGUCAGGUUCCGAGGAGUUAAUCUUUCUGGAAUUGAUCUUUCUAAACUGGAUCUAUCCCUUGUGGAUUUCAGCUAUGCUUGUCUCAGGAAUGUGUUUUUCUCUCGUACAAAUCUUCAGUGUGCCAAAUUUCGGGAUGCUGAUGCUGAGGGCUCCAUCUUUCACAAUGCUAUUUUGCGCGAGUGUGAGUUUACUGGCGCAAAUCUUAGAGGAGCGUUGUUAGCUGGUACAAAUCUUCAGAGUGCAAAUUUACAAGAUGCCUGCUUAGUGGACUGCAGCUUCUGUGGUGCAAAUCUCGGAACUGCACACUUGCAGAAUGCGGACCUUACAAAUGCCAACUUAGAAGGAGCAAAUCUUGAAGGUGCAAAUUUGAAGGGUGCAAAGUUGAAGAAUGCCAACUUCAAAGGAGCAAACCUUCAACGAGCUUACUUGAGGCAUGUAAAUCUGCGAGAAGCGCAUUUGGAAGGGGCAAACCUCGGUGGCGCUAAUAUGACCGGUGCUAUCCGAUAAACUCCAUUUGCUCAGACCGACUGUAAGUCUCGUCUUAUAAUGAUUUGUAACUGGCUUUUUUGGCAAAACGUGAAUGUAGCGAGUGGCCAUAUCAAAAAAGCUUCUUGUUGUUGAAAUAAUAUAAAAAUAUUCUUUCUUCAAGAAUUCAGGAUAAUCUAAUAAUGUAUUAUAUUUCUCUAA